AUGUCCCUGGAGGACUGGAACAAUGGUGAGAAGGAGCUGGACUCCGCUGGAAGCUCUCUAGGCCACUCUAGGAAAAAACACUUUUUCUGUGUCUCAUUGCAAGGCAAGGAUGCCGCCCCCGCCACCUCCGAGACUGAGGUGAGGGUGGCAGAACUGCAACACUCCUCCCUCUCCAGCCACAAGCCCCAGCAGUGUAGAAAGCAAGGGGUCGUGGCCCAGGAGGUGGGCAGGCCUAUGGGCAGCAUGGAGGAAGCUGGGCCUUCCCAUGGGAGCCAUCUACAGUCUCAGGGCGCCUGCAAGAAGAAGGGAACUGCGGAGAAUGGGCAGGAGGUGCGGGAGAAUCUAGACACCCAAGCUCCCCGCUCAGAUGAUGUGGUGCAGCUGAUAAAUGAAGAUGGGGUGUAUUCCUCAGCCAAGCUGGUGCCCGCUACGAAGGUGGCGCUCUCGCCGUGCCUGCCGCAGCGUUUGGAGCACUGCAGAGGGGAGGAUUUUGAGAUCCGGGAGGUGAUCGUGGAUGAGAAGCCAUUCCAGUGUGCCAUCUGUGCCAAGGCUUUCAAGCGGGCAUGGGAGCUGUUCAGCCACGAAGUGGUGCACAAUGAGGAGCGCCCCUUCUGCUGCCAACUGUGCCAGGCCUCGUUCAAGCGCCAUUCGGACUACAAGAGCCACGCCCUCGUGCACACAGAAGAGCGGCCCCAUCGCUGCGAGCUCUGCGGGAAGCGUUUCAAGCGCGCCUCCAACCUUGCCGAGCACCGCCGCAUCCACUCGGGGGAGCGCCCACACCACUGCGCCGCCUGCGCCAAGAGCUUCAAGACGCCCUACGAGCUGCAGAGGCACACGCUGACGCACUGCGCGGAACGGCCCUUCGCCUGCGCCGCCUGCGGGAAAGGCUUUGCUGCGGCGGGGGCCCUCCUCCUGCACCAGCGGCAGCACUGCGACGACAAGCCCCACGUCUGCGGCGUCUGCGGCAAGCGCUUCGCCUACGGACACAGCCUGCGCGUCCACGAGAGGGUACACACCGGGGACCGCCCGUUUUCCUGCGUCCUCUGUGGCAAGGCCUUCAAGCAGUCCAACGCGCUGGCCUCGCACGAGCGGGUGCACACGGGGGAGCGGCCCUUUGCCUGCGCCACGUGCGGCAAGGCCUUCAAGCAGUCCUCGUACCUGGCCAUCCAUGCGCGGUCUCACACUGGCGAGCGCCCCUACGCCUGCGGGGCGUGCGGCAAGGCCUUUGCGCGGCCCUCGCUCCUUCUGCAGCACCAGCGCGUCCACAGCACCGAGCGGCCUCACCGGUGCCGGCACUGCAGCAAACUCUUCAAAGACUUGGCCUACCUGGCUGUGCACGAGAAGGUGCACACCGGCGAGACCCCGUACAAGUGCCCCGUCUGCCAGAAGGGCUUUGCGCACCCGUCCAAUCUCCUUCAGCACCAGCGAAUCCACCGGGAUGGAUAGCGAGGACGGGCGCAAAGAAUAAUUUGUCAUUUGAUGUAACUUUACGUUCCCCGACUAACAGAAACGCAGCAGUUUCUGUUCACCUGUGCGCUCCAACCUGCAUCAGUGUCACGCGUGCAUGCUGCGGUGGACGGAGAGCAUCACUUGCAUGCCCUUUUGCACAUUCCCCAAGCCAUGCUCAAGCUUGCCUUGUUUUGUACACAAAUGCACUAUGGUUCGCUGCCCCUGCAGCUGCACGAAAAUAAAUAGUAGCUGGAGUAUGAGGAUCGGGGCUCCGUGUAUUUCACACAAAAUUGCACCCUCUGAGAAUCUGUGCUGUAGCUUGGUUUUUCAUCCUGCAAGCGUGUUUCUAGUCCAUAAGAUUAUAGAAAUAAUGUUGAAAACCAUGUGUGGUGGAGUUUUGCAAAUUGGAGCCAUAGGGCUGAGCAGGA